AUGGCCGACAGUGCAGGUCGGUCGUCCCAAUCCUCGUCGUCAAAGUCCAAGACGGUCCGCUCCCAGAAGAUCCUACCCGCAGACGACGUUCCAGAUCGGCCUUCACCGAGUCGCAGUCACACACCUGGCCACUUGUCCUCCAAGAGCCAUGGAGGCUCAUCAGAGCGGCGCCGUAAGACGUCAGAUGCUGCGGCACGACAGCGAUCACAAUCUGUGGUCGCAAAGACACCGUUUCCCACUGCGCCACCCCCACAGCCCACACCCUCAAUAUCAGCAGCCCUCAAGCCGAAUGGCGACAGUCGACCAGUCGACUCGAAAAGCGAAGUCCCAUCCGAGAGCCGAGAUUCUUUGGCCGCGAGGCGGCCGAUACCUAUGCGAUCAACGUCAGCCAUCGUCAGCAAGCCAACCAGCGUAACGCCAACGGUGUCUCGUCUGCCACACGUCCCGCCGCCGCCUUUGGGACCAUACGUGGCAUUCCCACCGCUACAAGACCCAAAGACGGCGCCAGACGUCCCGGCUGCACCGGCCUCGGGGAUGUACUGGUCUAGGGCACAUGUAUCUGGUGCUGCUCAUAAGCCGGUGCGAGCCCACACGAGCACUCUUGUGGGCAGUAAUGUUUUCGUCUUUGGCGGAUGUGACUCUAGAACCUGCUUCAACGAGUUGUUUGUCCUCGAUGCGGAUUCUUUCCACUGGAGUCGGCCGCACGUAGUCGGCGACAUUCCAUCACCACUGCGCGCCAUGACAUGCACAGCUGUCGGACGGAAACUAGUGGUUUUUGGAGGAGGAGAUGGUCCAGCGUAUUACAACGAUGUGUACGUGCUGGAUACCAUCAACUUCCGAUGGCAUAAGCCCACUUUCCCGGCGGACAGCAAGAUACCCAGCCCGAGACGCGCGCAUACUGCCUGUUUGUACAGGAAUGGUAUCUACAUCUUUGGAGGUGGCGACGGCGUGCGAGCGCUGAACGAUGUCUGGCGCCUCGAUGUGUCCGACACCCACAAGAUGAGCUGGAAGCUCAUUUCACCUCAUACGAGCAAUACUGCCGAGAAUCGGCCUAAGCCGAGGGGUUAUCACACUGCCAACAUGGUCGGGAGCAAGCUCAUAAUAUUCGGCGGUAGCGACGGCGGCGAGUGCUUCAACGAUGUCUGGGUUUACGAUGUUGACACGCAGAUAUGGAAGAUGGCGCCCAUCCCUGUGGCGUUCCGGCGAUUAUCACAUACAAGUACAAUCGUGGGGUCGUACCUCUUCAUCGUUGGUGGUCACGACGGCAACGAGUACUCCAACGACGUGCUUUUACUAAAUCUCGUCACAAUGACAUGGGACAAGCGGCGGACGUACGGUCUCCCGCCGAGCGGGCGAGGAUAUCAUGGCACGGUUCUCUACGACAGUAGACUGGUCAUGAUUGGAGGCUUCGACGGCAGUGAAGUCUUUGGCGACGUCUGGAUCCUCGAAUUAGCCGUGCACUCGUACUAUUCACAGAUCAGCCAUUUCACCAUUGAGGUCUAG